AUGGCCAAGCGCAGCACAGAAGGCAGGGCGGACGACGGCAAGAAGGCGCGCACCGCCGAGCCGGCGGCGGUCGUCACUGAUGAGUUCACAUCCGAAGCUGUGCGUGAGGUCCCGGCAGAGGCCAGCGAGGCCGAAAAAGAGGCGCAGAGCGCCAUGCUGAAGCUCUCGCAUUCCGUGCGGCACCAGGUCGCGAUUCCGCCGGGGUACGAUUAUGUGCCGCUCUCGAAGCAUGUUGCAAACGACCCGCCGGCGCGGUCGUGGCCGUUUACUCUCGACCCGUUCCAGCAGACGUCAGUGUACUGUAUCGAGCGCGGCGAGAGUGUGCUCGUCUCGGCGCACACGUCGGCUGGUAAGACGAUUGUCGCCGAAUACGCCAUUGCGCAGGCGCUCAAGAACGGGCAACGUGUUGUCUAUACGAGCCCUAUCAAGGCGCUGUCAAACCAAAAGUACCGCGAGUUUGCCGCCGAGUUUGGCGACGUCGGCCUGAUGACGGGCGACGUCACGAUCAACCCGAGUGCGUCGUGCCUCGUAAUGACGACCGAGAUUCUGCGUUCGAUGCUCUACCGCGGUUCAGAGAUCAUGCGCGAGGUCGCUUGGGUCAUCUUUGACGAGAUUCACUACAUGCGCGACAAGGAGCGCGGCGUGGUGUGGGAAGAAACGAUCAUUCUCCUGCCGCGCAAGGUGCGCUACGUAUUCCUCUCGGCUACGAUUCCAAAUGCGAUGCAGUUCGCCGAGUGGAUCGCACAGAUCCAUUCGCAGCCAUGCCACGUCGUGUACACCGACUUCCGCCCGACGCCGCUCCAGCACUACCUCUUCCCGCAGGGCGGCAACGGUAUCCACCUCGUCGUCGACGAAAAGUCGGUUUUCCGCGAGGACAACUUCCAGAAAGCGAUGGGCGCGCUGGCCGAUGCGCGUGGCGACGACCCUGCGAGUGCCGACGCAGGCAAAGGACGCAAGGGGCAGUCCAAGAAGGGAGGAGGCAACGGCGGCCCUUCGGAUAUUUACAAAAUCGUCAAGAUGAUCAUGGUCAAGCACUACAACCCCGUCAUUGUCUUUGCGUUCAGCAAGCGGCAGUGUGAGGGCCUCGCGCUGCAAAUGUCCAAGCUCGAGUUUAAUACGGACGAGGAAAAGGCGAUGGUGUCGACCGUCUUUAACAAUGCCAUCGAGGCACUCGGCGAGGAGGACCGCUCGCUCCCGCAGAUCGAGCAUAUCCUUCCGCUGCUGCGCCGCGGCAUCGGUAUCCACCACGGUGGUCUCUUGCCGAUCCUUAAAGAGGUCAUCGAGAUUUUGUUCCAAGAGGGUCUCAUCAAGGUGCUCUUUGCUACAGAGACCUUUAGUAUUGGUCUGAAUAUGCCUGCCAAGACGGUCGUCUUUACUGCUGUGCGCAAGUGGGACGGCAACGAGUUCCGCAACCUGUCCUCGGGCGAGUUCAUCCAGAUGUCGGGCCGUGCGGGCCGUCGUGGUCUCGACGACCGCGGUAUUGUGAUCAUGAUGUUUGACGAGAAGCUCGAGCCGAGCGCCGCAAAGACCAUGGUCAAGGGCGAGGCCGACCGCCUGGACAGUGCGUUCCACCUCGGCUACAACAUGAUCCUGAACUUGAUGCGCGUCGAAGGCGUCUCGCCGGAGUACAUGCUUACCAACUGUUUCUUCCAGUUCCAGAACGCAGCGAGCGUGCCGGAGCUCGAGGCGCAGCGCGAAGCCGCCGAAGAGGCGCGUGAUGCGAUUUUCGUCGAGGACGAGGAGCGCAUCGCCGAAUACUACACGAUGAAAAAGACGCUGCGCCAGCUCGAGGACGACAAGGCCGAGGUAAUCCGGCACCCGAGCUACUCGCUGCCGUUCCUACAGCCGGGCCGCCUUGUCGCUGUGCGACAGGAUGCGCUCGACUUUGGCUGGGGGUGCGUCGUUUCGUACCAGAAGCGCGUCCCGAAAGGGGUCGAGGAAGGACGUGCGCCGGCGCACAGCCUGUACGUUGUCGAGGUCGUGCUCCAUUGCGCAAGUGGCACGGUCGUGCCCAAGAACCGCGACACGGCGCCGUCCUUUGCGGGCAUCGCGCCCAAGUCGGCGGACGACAAAGGCGAAUGGAUUGUCGUGCCGGUCCUCCUCUCGACCAUCCAGGCGAUCAGCGGCAUCCGCAUCUUUUUGCCGAAAGACCUACGCAUGCGCGACGCACGCAUCCAGCUCGGCAAGAACAUGGCCGAGGUGCAGCGCCGCUUCCCCAACGGCCUGCCCCUGCUCGACCCGGUGAAGGACAUGAAGAUCGCGGACGAUGCGUUCCAGCAGCUGCUCGGUAAGAUCGAGAUCCUGAGCAAGCGCCUGGGAGACGCGCCGAUCGCGCAGGACGCGGACCGCCUCGACAGCCUCUAUACGCUCUAUGCCGAGAAGCAGGCCGCGCAGGACCGCAUCAAUGAGCUCAAGGAAAAGAUCACCGCCGCGCACAAUGUGCUGCAGCUCGACGAGCUCAAGUGCCGCAAGCGUGUGCUGCGCCGCCUUGGCUUUACGAGUGCUGACGACAUUGUCGAAAAGAAGGGCCGUGUUGCGUGCGAGAUUAGCACCGGUGACGAGCUCUUGCUCACCGAGCUCAUCUUUAACGGCACCUUUAACGAGUUGUCGCCCGAGAUGUGUGCGGCGCUUUUGUCGUGCUUUGUCUUUGGCGAACGCAGCGAGCACCCCGUGCGCCUGAAGGAGGAGCUUGCGGCACCUCUCCGCGUCCUCCAAGACACCGCGCGGCGCAUUGCGCGCGUCUCGGUCGAGUGCCGCCUGCCGGUGGUGGAGCAAGAGUAUGUGCAGAGCUUCAAGGUGGAGCUCAUCGAGGCCGUGCUGCAGUGGUGCCAAGGCGCCAAGUUCUCUGACAUUUGCAAGCUGACCGAUGUCUUUGAAGGUUCCAUCAUCCGUGCCUUUAGGCGCCUCCAGGAACUCUUGCGCCAGAUGAUGCUCGCCGCCAAGGCGAUUGGCAACGUGGAGCUCGAGCAAAAGUUUGAGCAGAGUCUCGCCAAGCUCGAGCGUCCCAACUCGAUCAUCUUUAGUCCUUCGCUGUAUCUGUAG